AUGGGUGGGCGUGGUCGAGGUAGGGGAGGCGGGCCAGGCACAACCAUCCGGGCAGUCGCUCAGGCUUUAGGAAUUGCUAGAAAUGAUAUGGCGAUCUAUGCCAAUCAAAGAACCGUGGAGGAUCCUCCAGAUUAUCCAGUAUGUCAUCAGUUGGACAUCAUAAUAAAAUUCCAAGAAUCUCCAUUUUAUCUGGACAAUGUGCAAAUAAAGGAUAUCAGGAGGUACACCGACAAGUACAAUGAGGUACAGCGAGAACGUCUUGAACCAGACUUCGCACGACUGCCUGAAGAGCUAUGCUGGCGAAAUGAAAAAGCCCGCGUUCCUAGUGCAAAGAAACGAAAGAUGGAGGACACAACAGAAGUCAUUCAGCAGAAGCUUAUGAGACUGGAGCAGGCUGAGCAACAGGAUGGUGUGAACGAAGAGGAAAUAGAGGAUGAAGAAGGUUCUGAGAAGUCUGAAGCUGAAGCUCCUGGCAGCAAUGUACCUUCUGAUGAUGAUUUUGGUGAAGAAGAUAAUGAUUACUGCGCCAAUUAUUUUGAU